AGCGCUGGUGCUGCUGUCUGUUUUGCGGAGCGCCAUGUUUACACGAACAAAAGCGCCGAGUCCGCGCAGCAGAGCUCCGCUGAGCCGCGGCAGAAUGUGAGGAUAUUCCCGCAGCAGCUUUGACGGAGAGAAAGUGUGAGAGAGAGAGGAGAGGAGAGGAGAGACAGAGAGCAGCCAUGCCGUUUCCGAUCACAAAUCCGGUUCAGACGGCCCAGCAGACCCCUAAGCACUAUGGGAUCACGUCUCCCAUCAGCCUGGUCCUGCCGAAGGAAUUGGACCUGGUGCUGACACAGAAGCUGACGGAGGCUUUGAAGCCGUUUGGGGUGUUUGAGGAGGAGCUGGAGCUGCAGCGAAGAAUCCUGGUUUUGGGGAAAUUAAAUACACUGGUUAAGGAAUGGAUCCAUGAAAUCAGUGAAUCUAAGAAUAUUCCAGCAUCACUGAUUGAGAACGUUGGAGGAAAAAUAUUUACGUUUGGGUCCUACAGAUUAGGAGUUCACACAAAAGGUGCUGAUAUAGAUGCUCUUUGUGUUGCUCCUCGUCAUGUGGAGAGGUCUGACUUCUUCACCUCUUUUUAUGAUAAAUUAAAAGAGCAAGAGGAGGUUAAAGACUUGAGGGCUGUGGAGGAAGCAUUUGUACCUGUGAUUAAACUGUCGUUUGAUGGAAUUGAGAUCGACAUACUGUUUGCCCGGCUAGCACUGCAGACCAUUCCAGAAAAUUUAGACCUGCGAGAUGACGGUCUGCUGAAAAACCUAGACAUCCGCUGUAUAAGAAGCUUGAAUGGUUGCAGGGUCACAGAUGAGAUUCUUCACCUGGUGCCCAACAUUGAGAAUUUCAGGCUUACUCUCCGGGCAAUUAAACUUUGGGCCAAACGUCAUAACAUCUAUUCAAACAUCCUGGGUUUCUUGGGUGGUGUGUCAUGGGCCAUGCUGGUGGCACGUACCUGUCAGCUUUACCCCAAUGCUGUGGCCUCGACACUUGUCCAUAAAUUCUUCCUGGUUUUCUCCAAGUGGGAGUGGCCGAAUCCAGUUCUUUUGAAGCAGCCGGAAGACUGCAACCUCAAUCUGCCUGUCUGGGACCCAAGGGUGACCCCUAGUGAUCGAUACCACCUCAUGCCUAUCAUCACCCCAGCCUACCCCCAGCAGAACUCCACAUACAAUGUCUCUGUGUCCACCCGGAACAUAAUGGUUGAAGAGUUCAAGCAGGGCCUAGCCAUCACAGAUGAAAUAUUGCAGAACAAAGCAGAUUGGUCCAAACUAUUUGAAGCUCCAAACUUCUUUCAAAAAUACAAGCAUUAUAUUGUGUUGCUAGCAAGUGCGCCCACUGAGAAGCAGCACCUGGAGUGGGUUGGCCUUGUGGAGUCCAAGAUCAGGAUUCUAGUGGGAAACUUGGAAAAGAAUGAGUUCAUCACUCUUGCCCACGUGAAUCCACAGUCAUUCCCAGGACCCAAAGAAGGCAUUGACAAGGAGGAGUUCAGCACCAUGUGGGUCAUUGGAAUAGAUUUCAAAAAAAUGGAAGCGUCUGAACAUCUCAAUGUGGACUUGACCUUUGACAUCCAGUCCUUCACAGACACAGUGUACCGCCAGGCCAUCACCAGUAAGAUGUUUGAGCCUGACAUGAAAAUAACAGUGAUGCAUGUGAAGAGGAAGCAGCUUCACCAACUCCUGCCAGACCUGGUCAUUGUGAAGAGGAGAAAGCACUCGACAGAAGGUCUGCGUGGUAUGAACGACAGCAGCGUGGACUUGUCCCUGGACAGUGACAACAGCAUGUCCAUGCCCUCCCCGACUAGCACCAGCUCUUCUGCUGCUGUCAAGAGUGCUCACUCUGCCAGUACCCACGGUUCUGCAGGGACCACUGUCAGUUCAGAUUCACAGAGUAAAACGGACCCUUCGGGAGGCACGGCUCCUGUUGGAGCCCAAGGGACCACGGAUAACAGUGCCAGCACCCCUUCUUCUCUUGGUCCACCUGCUGGGAAGAGGCCAGGCUCAACACUCCAGUCUGAGAAGGAAAAGAAGCUCAAAGUAGAAGAGGAGUCUACCUCAGAAGAGAAAGCCACAGUGCAAAAAGAGGAACAAGCUCCAGUGGAGACGGAGGCCGCAGUGGAAGGAGAGUUGAAAAUGGAGACUGAAAUGACAGAACUGGGUGCAGACGAGAAGCCUCCAGCUCAGAAAAUGGCGAGUGCGGAUCUCUCUGAUGUCCCUCUCCUGCCAGCCAACCCCAUCCCAGUGCUGAAGAACUCCAUAAAGCUGAGACUCAGCAGGUAGAUUUGCUCAGGUCAUCUGCGUCUCUCUGGCCAGAUGAAAGGACCCACGAUGGCGUCAUGUUCCGUGCAAAAGCCGCCAACUGCCUCAGGUGCAGCCUGAACUCGAGAGGUGCAGUGCCCGGCUCUGACCACGAGAGGGCAGCGCUGCUCUUCCCUUAAAACACAACAACAGAAAAUAAACACACAGUCUCCAGCGGUUGUAAUUUACAGUCCUUUUUUCUUCAUGGAGAAAACAAUGAUGAAUACAUAUGAUGUCAUGCCCUUACAACCUCAUUGUACCAACUAAACAUGUUUGUGUGAGCACGUGCACAGAAAGCUUGUAUAUUCCCAUAGUCGCAUCUUACUCUCCGUGCAUAGAGACACAGACAUCUUUAAAUGAGUGUGCUUUCUGAUUGUGACUGUAAUGUUGCAUAUUUUAUUUUUUAUGCUGCAGUGGGUUGACUGAAUGUCGGUUCUCUUUUUUUUUUUUUUUUUUUUCAAGUUUUUUUGGGGGGACAUUAUGGUUUAAAAGGUGCUCAGAUGGCCGAGCUGUAUCUGGUUAGUCAGGACUAAUGAGAAUAGUAGUGCUUUAUAUUCAACUUGGGUGGAAUUCCGUUGAUGUGAAUGAAUAUCACUCAGUGAUGAACCUAAUUUGACCAAAUUAAUCUCUAAACUGAGAUUAUGCUAGUCUCAACAUCUGCUUUGCUUUGUUGCUUUGAAAUCAUCGGCAAGUGGUCUUUAUCAUGGGAUGCAAUUGGUAUUAUAUUCCUGUUUGCUCUUUAGUUCUUUUGAUCUCUGCUGGCAUUGUCUUGCUUCAUCCUGUAUAAAUUCAUUACAAUGAAACAAGGGAAAAUCUCAUUUAUUUGCUUUGAACCUUUCCUUCUUUUUCACUAACUUGAAAUCAGCGAUGCAUAUUCAAGUACGUUGAUCUAGCAUUAUGAGGACUUAAUCCCAAACAUAUGCUGUCGUAAGCUUCAGGAUAUCAGGAGACGCAGAUCGAAGAAGCACUAGUGUGUAAACUUGGAAAUUCGACGCUAGUUUUUGAGGCUGGGGAAAGAUUUAGUUGAUUCUUGAAAUGUGUUCUUGCUUUUCUUUUUCAAUAUUUUGCUGAUAUGUCAGUAGGUUUGUUUGUCUUAAUUAUAUGUGUAAAUCAUGUGGAGAUGCAGAACAGUAGCGCUGCCCCAAGAAUACUGUUAUUCCACUUCUCUUCACUGAAAACUUGGUUUCCAUAUUCAGUUGUCAACUUUACAUAGGCUUAUUUGUAAGGACGAGCUGUUGUACUUUUUCACAAAUAAAGGUCUAUAAAGUGGCAAAGAAAA